GCAGCUACCAACAACCACAUCCACAUUCACCCCACGCGAUCUACGCGCGAGUCACUCGAAGGCAGGUAAUCGCGACGGGAAUCUGGUCACUGGCGUCUGAAUUUCCUCUCUGUUCUUGCCCCGCGCAAUCUGCGAUUGCCUCACCUGCUUUUCGCGACUCAUAGACAGGACUGCCGACGACAUCGCUCGAAGCCGAAACGUACACCGACCACACGCGCCAUGGCGAACCCCAACGGCAACGGCGCCGCCUCGGGAUCUGUCGAACUCGACGUGAAGCCGCCGUCGACCCUGGUCAUCCCCCCGCCCAACGUGCGCGAAACGAUUGCGAAGACGGCCGACUUCGUUGCCCGCCGAGGCGAAGGACACUUCAAUGGACUGAAGCAGCGUGUCACUACCGAUCCUUCGGCUGCGAACAACCGCAACUUUGUCUUCGUCAUGGAAGAGGAUCCCUACAACGCCUACUUCCUGUGGUAUCUCCAGCAACUGAAGGAGGGUCACGGACGGUCAGUUGGAAGUGCCAAGCAAGUCGUUGACAACAAGCCCAAGGGCCCCCCAGAACCGCCCAGGUUCCGCUUCUCCGCGCGCAUGCCAAACAUCAGCGCAAAGGACUUGGAGGUGCUGAAGCUCACGGCGCUAUACACUGCCCGCGUGGGUGAGAACUGGCUGAAGGAUCUGCGCAACCGUGAGUCUGGCAACUUUCAGUUUGACUUUCUCCGACCAAACCACAGCUUCUUCCAGUUCUUCCGAUCGCUCGUUGAACAGUACAAGAUCCUACUUGAGGAAGAGGCCACAGUCGAAGCACGUAUCCAGGAGCUACAACAGAACAUCAAGAAUCGAUUCCAUGUGCUAGAUCGUGCCAAGGGACGUGCGGAGUACGUCAAGUACGUGACCGCCCAAAAGGAGAAAGAGGAAAAGAAGGUCGAGGCUGAGAAGCAAGAGUAUGCGACCGUGGACUGGCACGACUUCACCGUCAUCGCGACUGUGCUCUUUGAUGAGGCUGACGAUGCAGCGGACCUGCCUCCACCAGCACAGCUGAAUGAUUUACAGUCACAGUCACUCGAGCAAAAGGCAGCCGUCUCACUUUCGACAAGGCGUCUUGAGGAGGCUAUGCCCGACGAGAUGACUUACUACAACGUCACACAGCAGCAGGUACCCCAAUCUCAGAUGCCGCCAAACUACGCGCCCGCAGCACCACCCGUGCAGCCACCGUACGGCGUGCCGUCCUACGCGCCUCCGCCUAUGGCUGACUACCGCACGCCGGCCCAGAUAUCGCGCGAGGAAGAACAAGCUCGGCUGGCAAGAGAGCGUCAAGCGGAGAGCGAGCAGCGCGCACGCGCUCAGGCUGCUGCCAGAGGAGCACCUGGUCGCAUUGUCACAGACUACGUCCCCCGUGCUGCCGCAAAGAAGGCAAACGUUCAAAUGGCCGUGUGCCCUAACUGCAAGCAGCAAGUUCCCGCGAACGAGAUGGACGAGCACAUCAGAAUCGAACUGCUUGAUCCACGCUGGAAAGAACAGCGCGACAAGGCCGAAGCCCGAUACUCUACUACCAUUAACACCGCCGACGUCGCGAACAACCUUAAGCGCUUUGCCAGUCAACGUGAGGACAUUUACGAUGGUGCUACUGGAAUGCCUAUAUCUGCAGAGGAAGAAGCUCGGAGGAAGAAGGCUGCACUGUCGUACGACGGCCAGCUUGAUCCUGCCAAAGACAAUCCCCGUAUACAGCAGAUGAACAACGUGAACGUGCAGGAGCAACUCCGCAGGAUACAAGAGAAGCACCGUCAGGGUAACGAGUAGAUCCUACUUUCCUUCUUCAGACAUCACACGGUCGCUUGAGACAUUGAUGGCUCUAUUUGCAUUGGGAGGCGUUUUAUGCGAUGUCACUUGGGUAUACCACUCCCAUGGAGGCCCGGAGCCGUAAGGUUUUCAUUGUUCCAGUAGUUCUGAGACACCAGGCAAUUGUAAAAUAAUAGCUCGUCAGGCAUAAUGAAAAAUGUGCGUUCCGCGUUCAAUCUCGUGUUCGAUGCAGUAUGUUGUGGCGAUGCAGCGUGGGGUAGGCUGCGGCAAUCUGUAUGCUCGGACUUUCGUAGCUUUCCUCCGACC